AUGAGUACGGUUAUUAUUUUCUUUGCAAAUGGACAUAUUCUAUUUGGUUAUGAAAAAAUCUAUUUAAAUGAUAAACAAUUUAAUGAUUCCUACGAUUGCAACAUACGUACAGACAACAUUUUUUACAAGAAUUUAUUUCACUUCUACGAUUCAUAUAUUGAAAGUUUUUGUUUAAUUUUUAUUCCAUUUUCUAUUAUGUUUGUAUGUUCAUCAUUGAUUAUAUAUCAAAUAGUUCAAACAAGAAAAACAAUGCACUACAAUAGAAAAGGAAGAUAUUAUUAUUAUAGUUUUCAUUCGAGAGAAACACGUGGGCAAACGUCUCAGACAACGUCAAAUAAACAAAGAAAAUUAAAAUUACGUGAUAAAGAUAUACAAUUAUGUUGGAUGUUAAUUGGAACAACAUUUGCAUUUCUUCUACUUUGCUUACCAACUGAAAUCAAUGAUAUAUUUAAUUAUGCUGGUCGUGAACGUUCUUGCUUAGAUUGGUUUCGUAAAGUUAAUUUAAUGCUUGUGCAACAAACUUAUUAUGCUGGACAUUUUUAUAUUUAUACAUUAACUGGACAACUAUUUCGAAAAAAAUUAUAUGAGAUACUUUUUCAUCGAAAUCAUCGUCAUCAUCAGCCAAUUGCUGCUAGAGAAAAUGAACUUUCUUCAGCAAGACUUCGCACUAAUUUCAAUACUAAGUAUCAAAAUCGAACAAGUCAAUCAGUACUUAUAACUACUAAUAUCACAAAUUCAUCAACAUCUAAUUUUUAA